AUGGGCAAUGGGUUUAAUCUGGGCGUGCUCACAGUCAGCGAUACGGGGGCGAGUGGAGAACGCGCGGUCGAUGGGAGUGGUGAUGCGAUUUGUGAAAUCAUGGCCGCGGAGGGCUACUCGCUUGUACUACGGGAUAUUGUUGCCGAUGAGCAGUCUCAAAUAGCGGAAAGGCUGCGUGGGUGGUGCGAUGGAGGCAACGUUGACCUCGUUUUGACGACGGGCGGCACCGGGUUGGGUCCGCGCGACGUGACGCCUGAAGCGACGCGGGCCAUCCUGGAUAUUGAGGCGCCGGGAAUCGGCGAUGCGAUGCGUAUGCAGACCCUGCAAUUCACGCCCUUUGCAAUGCUGAGUCGCGCCACAGCGGGCGUGCGGUCCGGCUGCCUAAUUGUCAAUUUGCCUGGCAGCGAGAAGGCAGUGCGCGAGACGCUGGCCGUUGUGAUGCCCGCCCUUGUCCAUGGGCUGGAGAUGGUUAAGGGCUGGCGCACUCACGCUAUUCCUUAA